AUAAACAUUACUUUUAAAGGUGGUAAUAAAUGAAAGGUGCAGCGUUAAGCUGUCCGUGCAAUGGGCCGAAGCGGACCGUUGGUAUUAAAUCUAAAGAAUGCUUUACCAUAGCCAUACUAUACUAGUAGCACAGGAAUGGCGACAGCUCGGGAGCGCGUGCAGUCCCUUGAUACUCGACUUCGUGAGCUUGAGGAGCGGUUCAGCAACAGCGGCAUAAGCCAGCCGACUGCUGCGCAGCUCCCAUCAAGCGCUGUGCUAACCAGCGGUGCAGGCCAGCCAGCUAGCCUCGCCGCGCUGCAGUCUGGGGGCCAGCACCAAGCGACGAACGGCCUGGCUCAUGGGUUUGGAAGAAAUGAAACUCCUGUUGAAUCUGCCGCUGCGCUGACGGCACAAACUGCCCCUGGUUCAGCACGGACGGAGCCUGCACCUCAUGUUGCUGAUGCGCCAGCACCCUUGCCAUCCGCGCUCCCACCACGUCCAAACAAGGCUACAGAGGUGCCUCUCCGGCUUUACCGUGAGGGCCUGCCGCACAGGGACCUUGGCCCACCACAGAGCGUCUGGGAGGCCGACAAGAAUGCAGCUGUGUUGGCCCUAGCAGACCGUGUGAAGGAGCUAGAGCAUCAGCUCCAAACCCAGCAGCCGCAAGGACAACAGCAGCAGCCAGAGGGUAAUGAUGGCGGCGUGGAUGGUGUUCCUACGGCAGCUGGGCGGCCGGUCAUGCCCCCGCCAUCUCUGGAGCUCUUGCCAGGGCCCCGCUCGGUCCUUGGCAGAAGCAAUGCCUCCCAUACAGCUCCCUACGCUGGCAGCCAUCCUGGCGGGCCACCACCUGCACCGGUUAAGUACUACCCUCCUGCGCCGGCGGGCCAGCCGCUUUCAGCAGAUGCCGCCAUCGCGCGCUUGCAGGCGGCGCAAGGUGCCCGGGCCCAUGCCCGCGCCUUCGCCGCGUCCGUAGCCGCCUCCGCAGCUGCCACCGUACCUUCCAUUAUGAUGGCAAAGAAGCGGAACGAAAACACUAUGCCGCCACGUGGGGACCAUGCCUCCGAAAACCACCACGGCGCAACAGGGGCUCCGCAGCCCACCCCUUUGGCAGGUGACGGCGGCAGCAGUGUGGGCGUAUCAGCGCCGUUGGGAUACGCCAGCGCUGCCGCUAGCGCGGCGGCGUCGUUCCAUGUGGCGGCGUUGCGUGAGGCAGGGCCGCUGCAGCCGGCGGGGCAGUACCCCAUGGUGGCUGCGGCUUUGGCCGGGGGCGCACCUGGCACCGGCAGUAGCACGUGGGAGCAGGGGAAGAUGCGCGCACUCGUGUCACUGGAGCAACAGCGGGAUGCGUUGCGGGCGCAGGUGGAGUCCUACCGCGACAUUGAGGACCGCCACCGCCGGCAGCUGGUGGAGCUGAACGAGCAGCACCGCCAGGACCUACGGGAUGCGGCGGGCGUUGCGGGGCGCAAGCUGGAGAGGCUGAUGGGUGCAGCAUGGGUAGCGUACGCAAGACGUCUGCUGGUGCUGCGGGUCAGUCGCGCCCUACAGGCCUGGCGCCGCGUCACAACCCGCAACCGUCGCCUGCGCUGGGCUACAAGCGUGUGGCGGCAGCGGGAGCUGGAGGCCGUGUUCACGGAAUGGCACAUGCUCGUGUUGACGAACAGGCAAGAACGGCAGGCCCGCAGGCGUGCCAUCGUCCGCUGCCGCCGCACGGUGCUCCUGGCUUGGGUUGCAGCAACCAAGGACGGCUGCAGGCUUCGCCGCCUGGAGCGCAAGGCUGUGCUGGUGCGCUGCCGCUGGCUGCUAGCAGCGUGGAUGCAGCGCGCGGGCGAACUGCGUUGCAAGCGCCUGCGGGUGCGGGCGGCAGCGGCCCACCGCCGGUCUGUGCUGCUGAGGAAUGGCUGGCGAGGACUAGCGGGAGAGGUGGCUCGGCAGCGCGAGGCGGAGAGGGCACUGGAGCAACGGCUACACCGGCUGCUGGUGCUCUCAGCUUUCCAGGCGUGGGUAGCUCAAGCUAGGCUUGGUCGCCGACUGGACGCGCUGUACCGCCGGGGCCUGCUGCGCACCGUGUUGCGUUGCUGGGCGGCAUUUACGGCUCGCAUGUGCAUGCUGCGCCGUAAGCUUCGCGGCCUAGCAGGCGUGUGGCGGCAGAGGCGGCAAGCAGCACUGCUGGCAGGAUGGGCGGCUGCAGCCCAUCGCUUGGCACUGCUUGCAGCUGCGGAUGCGGCUCUACGCUCCGCUGUUCGCCGCGAGCUCCUCUCCACAGCUUUCACCGGUCUGCGCCUUGCGCCUCGGGAAAGGGCCUGGGGCCGCCGCCGGGGCGUUGCUGCAUUACGGGCAUGGCACUCUGUUGCGCGCCGCUGCGCUCGCAACCGCCGCGUCUUGCAAGCCCGCUGCCUGUCUCGCAACCGGGCUACCCUUGCGGCCAUGUUUGACGCAUGGCGGCUUCUAGGCAAGGCAAGGUCUGUCCGCCUGCACCUGCGCGAGAUUCACCGACUUCAGGAUCUCGAGCCCUCGUACGAGCACCAGAUGGAGCUCGUACGACAGGACCGUGCUGCCGUACAAGCCCACAUGCAAGCCGUCAUGGCCGAGAACGGCAUGCUGCGCGCAGAGCUGCUGCACAGCUUCGUCAUGACUGCGGAGGGCGGCCUGCUGGGCAAGCCCCUGCGCUGGCGCUGCCUGCUGCCUGACCCAGAUCAGAUCCUGCCACCGCCCCGAAGCCGCCAUAGCACGCUCUUCCUACGUGGGCUACAGCAGCCGCUUGGCGCGGCGCAAACCGCCAUGGCCCAUUCCUCCCAGUCUACGUUCGUGCAUAAUGCGGCCCGAGCACCCCUGGCGUUGCCGGGGAGCAGCGAAAGCAGCAUGGGCAGGGUAUCAGAGCAAGGGCAACAGCUGUCGGGGGCGACAGGCAGGAGGCAAGAGCCGCUAACGGAGACACAGGCAGUUAUGCCCAGCAUGGCGGGCGUCCUGGUAGUGUUCGGAGGCGUCAGUGAGGAUGAGUGGUUUCGGGACCUGCACGUGCUUGAAGUCUCGUAUACAGAUGACGGCGCCUCCUCGUUCCGAUGGCACCCGGUGGAGGUGCGCCCGGAGGUUGAGGUGCUAGCUGGCACGGGGACACUGCAGGCGCAUGUGCCCGCCUUGCCGGACGCGACUGCCGGAAGCGUGGCCUCGGGUUGCAAGCUGCCCGUACACACGCGGCGAGACCAUGCGGCGUGCGCCGUGAGCCCCAACGAGUUUGUGGUGGUGGGCGGCUUUGACGGCACCUCCGAGCUCAUGGACAUACAUGCAGUUACCGUUCGCACCUCCGGGACCGGUUCUGGCUGGAGUGCCAGCGUACAACACGUGCUUCCACGCAACCGGUCGCCGGCCGGUCGCUCGCACCAUACAGUGACGUCCCAUGGGUCAGGCAGAUCGCUGUACGUGUUCGGCGGCUACAUGAGCUCUCGCGGCGCCCUCGGAGAGCUGUGGGCCUUCCACCUCGACCAUCGGGAGUGGUGGCAGCCAAACACUACGGGCGACCAGCCGCCGCCCCGCCGCAACCAUGUGGCCGCGCUGGUGGGCGGGCGCCUCUACGUGCACGGCGGCUUCAACGGCGCCGAGUGCCUGGGAGACACCUGGGCGCUGGACCUGCAGAGCUGGCACUGGGAGCGGCUGAACACCACGGGCUCACCGCCCAGUCCCCGCCGCGGCCAUGCCGCUGAGGUGGUGGACGACCGCUACCUGCUGGUGCACGGCGGCUACGACGGGUCGGGGCUGCUGGCGGAUGGAGCAGUGCUGGAUACCGCCACAGGAGUCUGGAGGGACCUGGCAGCUGCAGGUGGUCCCGAGGACAUGCCCACAUCCCGCGCGCAUCACAGCCUGACGCUGAUGGGUCAUGUCAUGGUAUCGCUAGGAGGCAGCGGACCCAUGGGUCCGUUGCUCGACGUGCACCUGUUGGAGUCCCCGCCCCUGCUGGCUGGCCUUGCGCAGCAGCAGCGACUGGUGGAGACCGCCGCGGUGCUCAGCGCAACCCAGGCGGCUGUAGCUGACACGGAAGCGGCCCUUGCGGUCACCCAACACCGCGCCGAGAUGGCGGAGCAGCAGCUGCAGGUGCUGCGAGAGCGAUCGGCCGAGCUCCUGUCACGCCACAACGCGGCCCUGGCUGACAUCAACCGGCUUAAGGCGCUUGUGGCGGCGGAAUCGGUUCGUGUGGUGGCGGCUGAGGCGGCGACUGCGGAAGCGCAGCUGGCAUUGGCCACGGCGGAGCGGCGGCUCCGGAGGACACGCGAGGGCGGGCAGGAGGUGGCGGCGGCAGCACGCGACAUGCAUGAUACUGUGUGCGACCUCCGCGAGGAGGUAGCUCGGCUGCGCAGUCAGCUGCUGGCGACCACGCAGCAGCAAGGCCAUGAGGCUUCACAGCUCGCGGCUGCUACGGCCGAGCGGCAGCUGCUGCAGCAGCAGCUGGCGGG